AUGGCCAAGCCUAGAAAGAUCCGUCAUCGACAGUCCAAUAAGCCAAAGGCAAAACAUCAACAACACAAACGACGAGGAGAUACCUUGUUCCGCAAGGCGUUUGAAUACUGCCAGGAGUGCAAUGCGGACGUCUCGCUCGUGGUUCGGUUGAAAGACAACGGUCAGAUAUACAUAUUCAACUCGGAUAACAGAUGGUUCCCUUCGGAGGAAGGCUUGGAAAUUUUGGACUACACUAACCGUCACAAGACUUUACACUAUCCUGUACCUUUAAGGAUAACGUGGCAAGAGUUGGCUGCUGCCUACGAAGCUUGA